CUAACCCAUUCAGCAUCCACGUCUCUCACAGCCUGACAAGGAGGAGUGAGACGGCUCACCGAGCACGAAGCGGAAAAGUGCCGAGAAGAGCUGGAACAUUUACGCACAGCCUUUUUUCCUGGAUUGUUUUUGCGUGUUAAAGUCCACCUUUGAUCAUCUUGGACAUUUUUCUGCACCUCUUGGAUUUUGUAUUCAUUUCAGCACUUCAAUGGCAGCUCUGAGAAUGAAAUUCUCGCACCUGUUCAUGUUGAUGUUAAACUGUUUCCUGCAUGGUGCUGCGUCAGUUAAGAUCAUGAGUGGGCGCACACAGGACAGUAGCUUCCUCCAGCCCUCGUUGGACAUAUUCUCAGAUGACCCGGAUCAGGACAGUGUCUCCCACCACAUGUCCAAACUGUACGAGAAAUACAACACGGAAAACCGACUCAAAGAGGGAAAUACUGUCAGGAGUUUCAGAGCAAGCCAAGACUCCUCUGACCGCAGGACGGUGUACCGACUAAAUCUUACAACCCUCCAGGACUCAGAGGUCAUCCUCUCUGCCACAUUCCACUUCCUCCUCGAUCGGCUCCCUCAUCAAAAACCCUGGUUCUGUAAACGCUUCAAAAGCCCAUCCUGUCGUUCAUCAGCCAUCCACCCUUCUCCGUCCAUCAGCCUGUUACUUCGCUCUGUCUCCUCUGGGUCAGAGGUCAGAUCUGGGUCAAUGGGGUCACUUCUAGGCAAUGUGACCUUCCACCCCCACAGGAGAGGGGUGUGGCAGAUGAAAGAUGUGACCCAGGUCAUAAAGGAGGCACGGGACAAGGGUCAUCUCCUGGUGUCAGUGGAGUUGGGGCAACAGCACCAGAGAAAACCAGAGGGGGCGCUGUCUGGUGGCAGCCUGCCCUACCUGCUGCUGUAUGCUAAUGACCAAGCCUUGGCAGAGCCCAACAGCGUGGCUGCAAGCCUUCAGAGGUAUGACCCAUUUGGUGAGGGAGGAGAGCCUUCACUCACUUCUAAUGGACCUAACUCUUCACCAGAGCCAAAAGGACGCGAGAGAAGGGAAGCAACUGCGAUCUUUGACCCCAUACUGAACAAUGAGCUGCCUCAGGUUGACUUUAGACCUGAUGGGUACAGAAAGGAUGACCUCUGGGAGAGCACUUGGUACCUGGCACUCAAACCUAAAUCAGGAAAUCAAGAAAAGAAGAGAAAGAGCCAGGAGGGAGAAAGAGUGGCGCAAGGUAAAGGGCUUCAUGUCAAUGAAGAACCUCAGGUUCUGAAAGAAGAAGAAAAACCCCAACAGGAGCUCAAACCUGAUGACUCUACCGAGAAAAAACUCAAAGACAGUCGCAAUCCUACUACCAGUGAUGGGCGGAAGCAUGAGCGGAGACAUGAAGGAAAGGAUGGAAAAAAGCACAAAGGAAGCACUCACUCUGAGUCACCUGUUCUGAGUUUUGAUGAACAAACGAUGCGCAAGGCCCGGAGGAGGCAGUGGGGAGACACCCAGCAAAGAGGCUGCUCCAGGAGGAACCUCAGGGUGGAUUUUGCAGACAUUGGCUGGAGCGAGUGGGUCAUAGAACCCAAAGCCUUUGAUGCCUACUACUGCGCUGGAACAUGUGGCUUCCCGAUGUCCAAGGUGGCGAGGCCGUCUAACCAUGCCACCAUCCAGAGCAUAGUGCGUGCGGUGGGGAUCAUCCCCGGAGUUCCUGAGCCCUGCUGUGUCCCAGAGAAGAUGAGUCCACUGGCUGUGCUCUACCAGGAUGAAUCCAGGAACCCAGUGCUAAAGGUUUACCCAAAUAUGUCCGUCCAGUCCUGCUCCUGCAGAUAGGAAGGGGAGGUCAAUGGGGGCAGAGGACAAAACAGGGUGGAUGUGGAGAGAAACUGAAAACAGGAUACAUGGAAACAGAACCAUACCUCUGUUGUUAAGUGGUUUCUUGAGAAACAAAGUCACUUUGGCCGUGGUUAUUCCUCAAGGAACAUAGGCUGUAGAGAAAUCACUUCCAUCUCCUCUGUUCUGCGGCAGCAGACUUGAAGAGACACAUUGUCUGGCGUCUGCCUUAGCGAGAGGAACAAAGUCACACAUGUAAAGUCAGGGCUCCACAGACGCCCAUUGAGUUGAUUCUAUGUUUGACAUAAUACUGAGGAUUUCAUGGACAGGAGCAUUUUCCUUUUAUCUCAGAUUGUACUUGCUUUUCAAACAGCUCACAGUGAGUUUGUGUUCAUGUUUUCUUUGGACACAAGGGCUAUAAAUAAAUACUUUAUUAAUGUAUCAUCAGGCAGCUUACACCGUCACAUACAAAAGACAGUCAUUAUAUAAGAUAUUUCUUAUUUUUUUAAGUACUGCGUGCAGCGUUUAUUUUCAACAGAUCAUAUGCCACAUUGUACAUACAUGCAAUGUUAAUCUGUUGGCAAAAAUGUAGGGUUAUGGUACAUUCUUGCUCGGCAUAUCUUAAAAAGGAAAUAUCCAAUGGAUCUUAGAGGGCAUCUGGAAUUCAUUUACACCCACCAACCCCCUCAUAACACUUCAAGAAUGUUAUAAUGAAACCAGAAAUAUUUUUCUAUUUUGAAUGUGAAACUUGGUUAAGAAUAAUUUGUCAUGGUUCCUAGGUUAUGUAUUACUAUAUUUUUAGAGGAUAUGGUGUUUUGUACAUGUGUAUUUUUUAAAUUAUGAAAAGGUAGCCUUCUAUACAUUAGAAUAAAAUGUAAUUUAAUCUCUUGCUGGAAUAUUGUUGUUUCAUACACUUUGUGUUAUUUUUGGUCAUUACUGUGUAUAAUGUUUGAUUCUUAGGGGGGGGGGGGAGGGUCUUUUUUGUCAAAACAAACCUAAAAAGGGCACCACUGUUCAAAAUAACUUUGUACAAAAACAGGAAGGUUCCUGCAAAGCCCCUUGAACCCAUUAUUACCCCACGCCAAAGGCUCAGGCGUCUGUUGUCCGGCAAAAUAAUGUACCCGAUGCAGCUGCCGUGGAUUAAUGGUUGAUGGAGGAGGCAGGCACGCACCUAUUAGGACGUCAGCCACUUGAACUUCAAAACCAGGGGCACUUCCCCUUUUCUACCCCUCCAUUGAAAAGCUGAAUAUUCCAAGUGCAGGAUGUUCAUCUCAAAAGCCUUUUUAAGAACAGAUGGUUACAGACGGAUGAUCUCAACCACUUUAUUCAACUGCUUGUCACUUUUCUUCAUAAGAGGAAGAAGGUGGCCCAUGUGGUGCCUAAACAGGGUGUCAAACUGACAGGGAAAUGACAGAGGAAGCCUUUUGAUUAUUAACUCAUUACGCUGCGGUUGUUCUGCCGUGAGGCGGAAAAAGUUGGCACGGAGUACCACAUCUGCUGCAGCAACAGAAUGCUCUGAAGUUCAAGACUGGACAGUAAUUUCAUCUCAAAGACAGAGACAUUAAGGGGGACGCUUUGGGGGAAUGGAACAAAAGAUUAAAACCUUUAAACUGUUUAUUGCAGUUGAGAAUAAUGCUAUAAAUGUGUUGGCUUGAAAUUGAGACCCCUGUCAUCAUCUCCUAACAAAUUGUGCCAUCCCUCAUGUCUGUACUGCUUUGUCCAUUAGAUAUACAGAGACUAUAAAAAGUAAUCAUCCUAUUUGUAUGUUGUUGGCUUUUACGUUCUUACAGCGAAGAAUCAAAGGCUUUUUAUUGUGGCUUUUGUGACACUUACCAGAACACCCCGUUAUUGUUCUGAAAACAGAUCACUACAAAUAUGGCAAUGACUCAACAUUUUUGGAUUAACUAACUAAAUCACCAAGCAGCAUGCCAGACAUCUAUGAUUUGGUGGGUUUCCAUGAUAAAGAAAAAAGUUAAUUAACAAUCAUUUGUAAUUAGUUUAGAUCA